AUGGUAUUAUUAUGGUUGAAAGUGUGAAUAAAGAAAAAGAAGAAGAAGAAGAACGUUGGAGAGUCCGCCCUAAUAAGUAGUUCUCCGUUUAUGUCGCCAUAGAUUAUAUUAUUGAUUUUAGAUAUCGCAAUUCUCAUUCUCAUCAAUUCUAAUUUCUAUCGCAAUGGCUACAUCUACUUUCUCCAACACUUUGUUUUCUCCAAUUUCAACUAAUCCUUCUAAAACCAAUUUUCCACUCAUCAAUUUCCCCCUUUCCAGAUCCCUAUUCAGACAACCACUUACCACCACCUUUUCUUCCUCCGACGCUGCCGCCAAUGCUCCUCAACAAAAAGACACUACUACCCCCAUUGAAUUAAGGUAUCCUGCAUUCCCAAAAGUGUUAGAUAUCAAUAGCAUUCUUGACAUUUUGCCUCACAGGUUUCCAUUUUUACUGGUAGAUAGAGUCAUUGAAUACAACCCUGGAGUUUCUGCAGUCGGUAUCAAGAAUGUCACAAUCAAUGACAAUUUCUUUCCUGGACAUUUUCCAGAAAGGCCCAUCAUGCCUGGUGUUCUCAUGGUUGAGGCAAUGGCACAAGUUGGUGGUGUGGUAAUGUUGCAGCCUGAUGUGGGUGGUUCUCGUCAAAACUUCUUCUUUGCCGGAGUAGACAAAGUGCGAUUUCGUAAGCCCGUGAUUGCAGGAGACACCUUAGUUAUGAGAAUGACACUUACUAAGUUGCAAAAGCGAUUUGGAAUAGCCAAGAUGGAAGGUAAGGCAUAUGUUGGAGGGGAAGUUGUAUGUGAGGGUGAGUUUUUGAUGGCUAUGGGGAACUAAUAACUAUAGAACAUUCCUUCCUACUGAAAACUCAGAUGAUUUUGCUUCAUCUUUUAGUUAAAUGCUUCUGCUUUUGAAUGCAGAAUAUUGUGAACGUCUUUAAUGUCUGGAUUUCCAAUGAAAUCUAUCUUCAUACUUUGAUUUGUUUUCA